AUGUCCCCCGUUGCCGUAAACAAGACACGCACACUCAAGGCAGGUGUUCAUGUCCCCGUCCUGACUUUUUUCGAGAGCACUGCAGCACAGGACAUCGACAUCCCCGUGUAUGAGAACCAUGUUCGCCGAAUGGCCGCUGCCGGGGUGGAGAGCAUCGUUGUGCUCGGUUCAACGGGAGAAGCCGUGACACUUAGUUUGGAAGAGAAGAAACAGUUGAUCUCGGUGACCCGGAAAGUGUUGGACGGCAUAGGCUUCGAGGAGAUGCCCGUGAUCGCAGGUCUCGCCACACAAAGUACGAGGGAGGCGAUGGCAUCCGCGGAUGCCUUUGCACAAGCCGGUGCAGACUACUUGUUAGCGCUUCCUCCUUCGUACUAUGCAGGUGCUAUGACCAAGGCUGCCAUCAAAGGCUUCUAUACAGACCUGGCGGACGCAUCUCCGAUCCCUGUCAUCAUCUACUCCUAUCCUGGAGUGAGUUCUGGACUAGAGCUUGACUCCGAGGACGUGUUAGAGAUUUCCACACACCGGAAUAUUCGCGGCAUUAAACAGACGGACCACAAUGUCGGCAAGAUGGCUCGCAUUGCCGCUGGCAGCCCCGACCCCUCGUCUUUCGCUGUUCUUGGUGGUGCAUCUGAAUAUCUGAUCGGAUCUCUCGCCGUUGGGGCUAUCGGAUGUAUUACCGGCAUGGCCAAUCUUACGCCUGUCACGUGUGUUCGCGCAUACAAGGCGUGGCAGGCAGGUGAUUACAAGGAAGCGCAGCGCUUGCAAGGAUUGAUCGCGACCGGUGAAUGGGCGUUUGGCAAGAACUCACUUCCCGGGGUUAAGGCUGGUAUGAACCAAUAUGUUGGUUACGGCGGCGUGUGCCGUAAGCCCGUGCCGGAGGCCUCCGCCGACAUCAAGGCGUGGACGAAUAAGCAGCUCGAGCCUUUGUUCGCACAGGAACGCGCCUUUACGACUAAGAACUAG